AAAACAACUAAAUUAGAAGGAGCACGCUGCCACAUCUGGGGGUGUGAUGUUGCAAACCCAAGGCCAACAGGGAAAAAGAAAUGAGAGGCAAGGAAGACAGGGGUGAAGAAGGAAAGGAUCAUGAGUGGAUGGGGACAAACACACGUGGCAAAAUGGAGAGAAGACAGGCAAAAGAGGCCAGUUCUAAGCAAGCAGCUGGGCUGGGUACAGCCAGUCUGUCUCACCUCCUUACAAAUCCUAUUGCAGCUUUUUUUAGGGGUAGUGUCAGCACUGCAGAGCUGUGUCACCCACACUCCAGGAAAGGCGAAAUAAAGGCAGGGCGGUCACGCUGAGUUCACAUUUCCUGCCUGUCCUCUUGCACCACUGUGAGAGGUUUGUUCCUAGAUGCCUGAGUCAAGCUUCUGGCACAAUGGGAGCUGCCCACCGCGGAGCAGCAGUUCUUGUAAGUGCGUUUUCUCUUUUGCGCUUGUAGAUAAUGGAAAAACCAAAUAAUGGAGAGGUUCCUUUGGGCUGGGAUUAAUUUCAGAGCUCAACCCGUGUAUUUGUUGGGGGGGAUGAAUCGGUUCUUUGCUCUGCAACAUGGGAUACGGUGUGAAUGUCAGUGUAUGGAGGAGGAAUGACACAGCCAGGGGAGAAGAAGCAUCUCGGAGCUGAAAGAGCCCCAGAAGUGGGGGUUGUGGGGUGGCUGCCCCAGUGUGGGUGCAGGGGGUGCUGGAGCUGUUUGGGAAUCUCACUGGAUGUCAGAGCGGGUGGAAAGCUUUGUCUUCCUCCCACGGACGCAUAGUCCAGAGUGCAUCCAGCUGCAGAUGAGUUUCCUCCAAAACAUGAAGCAGAAAAAAAAAAAAAAAAAGCUCAUCUCAUUCCCAGGAAGUUUUCUUUGGCACUGUCAUGCUGUGCAUCCAUAUGGCUGUCAUCUGGUGCCACAUGGUGCUUGCCAAGGUGAGACAGCAUGAAUACAUCACAGCCCUGCCCAAACCAAACUUUCUCUCCUUUUCAGCCACCUGCAGUUACCUGGGAUGGACGUGGGAUCACAACAGGCAGCCACCUGCCAUAUGCAGCUUCCAAGCUGGCAACAGCAACAGCUGCGGCUUUGCUGGAUGGCCAAGAUUACGCUGCCAAUUCGACUGACUACCCCUACGAGUACCUGGAUGAGGAGGACUUCAUGCUCUAUGGCCCCUGCAGCAAAGAAGAGGUGGUCUCCUUUAGCAAAGCGUUCUUGCCAGCUUUUUACACUGUGGUUUUCCUGGUUGGGUUCACUGGGAAUGUUCCUCUAUUUACUGUCCUCAUGUACAUCAGUAAGAAAAAGAAGAUGACAGAGGUGUAUCUGCUGAACCUGGUGGUUUCGGAUUUCCUCUUGCUGCUAACCCUUCCUUUCUGGGUCCUGUUCAUUUCUCAGUGGGUGACCUGGGAUCUGUUGUGCUCAGUCUUAAAUGCCAUGUACAUCAUGAAUUUCUACAGCGGUAUCUUUUUUGUGAGCUGCAUGAGUCUGGACAUGUAUCUGCAGAUAGUUCAUGCUUGCUGUCCUGGCAGCUCCGUGACACGGAAGAAGUCCUUCCUCGUCUUGUUGGUGGCGUGGGUCCUCUCCAUACUCCUCUCCAUUCCCGACGCCCUCUUCAGCAGCACGAAGGAAAUGCACAACAAAACCAUCAUGUGCACUCACGACUACGGCCAGAAACACUUAUUUUGGAAAGUUGUCUUUCAGGUCACCCAAAACAUCCUGGGUUUCCUUUUGCCCUUCCUCUUCAUGGUGUUCUGCUAUUCCCGCAGUGUGUGUGUCCUCACCACGUCUCAGGUGCCUGGCUCCAGAAAAGCACUCCGCUUUGUCUUUACUCUGGUGGCAGUCUUCUUGGUCCUGUGGUUCCCUUACAACGUCGUCCUCAUCCUUCACUCCCUGCAAUACGUUGGUCUGAUCCAGAGCUGCGAGAGGAGUAGGCAACUGGACUAUGCCAUGCAGAUCACGGAGAGCUUGUCCUUCAUCCACUGCUGCCUCAACCCCGUGCUCUACGCCUUUGUGAAGAAACGAUUCAGGUUGUACUUACGGAAGAUCCCUCAGGCUUUCUGUAGGAAGAGCACCUUUGACAUCCAGCUCUCAGAGACAAGCCGCUCUUGCAGCAGACACACUGCUCAGAUAGAAAUGCUGAGCAUCACCAAUACGUGAUAAAUACUUGCUGGCUUUUGCUGUGUGCCAGGGGGAUGCGCUCAGCCAGGCUCACCCCUUUGCCUACCAGGAGGAACAGGCAUUUUUAAGUUGGUCUGACCCACUGGGGGUCAAUGCACUGGGUAUGCCACAUUGAAGUGUACUGAGCAGGACUCUGUGUCUACCCAAGGGAUGGAUCCUUGCUUUGAGAUCAGUUUGAUCAUCGCAGCACCAGAAUUCAGACCAGUAACAGCCAGUAAGAGAGAGAGAAAAACCCAAAGAUGGGUUUUGACAAAGUGAAAAAGCUCAGUGGAGACCAUCGUUAACAGAAGUCAGUUUAACCUCUCCACAGAGUGGCAGCAUGGCCUCAAACUGAACAGCAUGGAUAGCUAUUAGCCAAUGCUUAUAACUGAUGUGGUUUUAAAGUUCAAGGUUACUAGUUUGCUGACCUUUAUUUAAUUGUUCACCCCAAAUGCUUCUGAACUUUAGCUGGGAUUUUUCCAGCCUGGAAAUCAAUUCAGCAUGUGAGUUGGCAAGAACUGUGCAAAUAAAGUUGAUACCUUCAGAGCAAAUACUCAUCACCUUCUUAAUUUUAUUGCUAGGCAGGGUCACUAUAGGACUGAGAAGGGUUUUGAGUAGAACGAGAAAGGUGCAUUUGUUUUCACUGCCAUUAUUGCCAGCAUCACUGCCGUGUGUUUCCAAAAAAGCUGGGAGCUUCCCUCAAGAAAACACUGCAGCAAAUAUUUAGCUGAUGCUACGAUGUGGUCUUCGCUCCACGGGUCAGGUCAGCGGGAGGGAAUGUGGAAGGGAACAACAGCUGGGAAACAAA